CAUUAAACCAUCUGAUCUGCAGAAUCCACUUUUUGCAGUUUUUAAGGUUUCUUUGAAACAGACAGAUUAUUGUCAGAUCCGAUCUGUCUGGAAAUCUGGGAAUUAAAGUGACGAUGAUGAUUAUGGAAGGCGAAAUCAAGAGUUUCAUGGUGGUAUGGAGCACAGUGUUGGGUUGUUUAUGCUAUUGCCACGCCAUUGAUAAGCUUCUUCUCCCUAAACCCACCAUUACAAGAGCUCUCUCUCUCAUCCCAGUUGCCUGUCUCUUUAUGGUUCUCCCUCUUAACCUCCACUCCAUCAAUCUGGGCGCCACCUCUUCUUUCUUCAUUGCAUGGCUGGCGAGUUUUAAGGUUCUCCUCUUCGCGUUUGGCGAUGGGCCUUUGGCUUCUUCCCCGCCGCUCCCUCUCUCGUCCUUCGUUCUCGUGGCUUGUCUGCCCAUCAAGUUUCAGAGUUUGCAGGAGUCAUCAUCAUCGCAGCCCAAGAAAGCUCGGAGGUCUUCUGUUAAUCAUUUGACGAAAUUGAUGUUGCUGUUGAUCUUGUUUCGUGUGUAUAAGUACCAAAAAUAUAUUCACCGAAAUCUUCUACUGUUCUGCUACUGCCUCCACAUUUACUUUUGUCUUGAGCUGAUGUUAGUGGCGGUGGCUGCCGCGGUCCGGGCAGGGACGGGAAUGGAGAUGGAGCCGCCGUUCAACGAGCCGCACCUCGCGACCUCGCUGCAGGACUUCUGGGGGAGGAGGUGGAACCUGAUUGUGAGCAACAUCUUGCGCCCCACGGUGUACGCGCCGGUGAAGUCGGCGACGGGGCGCGUAUUGUCGAGGAAGUGGGCGGUGGUGACGGCGGUGAUGGCGACGUUCGUUGUGUCGGGGGUGAUGCACGAGCUCGUUUUCUACAACAUUGGGAGGGUGAGGCCGAGCGGGGAAGUGUUGGGGUUCUUCGUGCUGCAUGGGGCAUGUUUGGGUGUGGAAAUUGGGGUGAAGAAAUGGUUGAAAGGGAGGUUUUGGGUGCCAGGUUUUGUGUCGGGGCCAUUGGCAGUUUGCUUUGUGAUUCUCACGAGUUUUUGGCUGUUCUUCCCACCAUUCUUGAAGAACAAGGCUGAUGUGAAAGUGUGCAGUGAGUUUCUUGCUUUUGUAGAGACUGUCAAGCAUCAUACAUUAGUUAGUCCCAAUAACAUCACCUGCCCUUUCUUCUGAUCACAUGAUGUUAGA